AUAUUGGACUUUACAACAUUUUAUAUAUCGCAUUAGUAAUAAACGAAAUUAUUUUGCAUUUUUUGGAAUACAUAUAAGAGCAAUAAAUUCACUGAAAUCAAUAUGACGAUGCGACCCGAUGACCACCGCAGAAAAUGGGACAAGAACGAGUAUCAAAAGUUGGCUCAGGAGCGCCUGCUCAAUCAAACGGCGCCCAAGGAAGAAGAGCCUGUGCAGCGAGAGAAUCUCAAACGACGUGACUACAAGGUUGACCUCGAUAGCAAAUUGGGCAAAAGUGUUGUGAUCAACAAAAACACACCUACCUCACAAUCUGGCGGCUACUAUUGCAAUGUUUGCGAUUGUGUCGUCAAGGAUUCGAUCAAUUUUCUGGAUCACAUCAAUGGCAAGAAGCAUCAACGGAAUCUGGGCAUGUCCAUGAAAGUGGAGCGCAGCACCGUUGAUCAGGUCAAGGAGCGCUUUCAACAGAACAAAAAGAAAAUGGAGGAGAAGCAAAAAGACUACGAACUGGACAAGAGAUUACGCGAGGCCAAGGAGGAGGAGGAUCGCUACAAGGAGCACAGAAAAGAGAAGCGAAAAGAGCGCAAACGCAAAGCCGAGGAGAAUGGGAGCGGUGGCAAUGACUUCGCCAAUGGACUGCCUGAUGACAUGGCUGCUAUCAUGGGUUUCUCUGGCUUUGGCGGCUCGAAGAAGAACUCAUAGGCCUUACAUUGUUCGCUAGUUGUAAUCGUAAAAAAAUACAAAAU